AUGAAGUGGGAGAAGAAGAAGAUGGCUGACAAGCAGGACCAGCCAGUUACUUUGUCUCCAUAUGCCAAAAUAAACAUACCAUUUGCUGAAGCCCUGGAGAACAUGCCUCACUAUGCAAAAUUUAUGAAGGAUCUUCUAUCUAAGAAGAGGAAGUUAAAGGAUGGUGAGAUGGUGGCUUUGACGGAGGAGUGUAGUGCUCUGAUUCAGAAGAAAUUACCUCCAACGUUGAAGGAUCCAGGGAGCUUUAGCAUUUCAAUUGCAAUUGGGGAUGUGGAAGUUGGUAAAGCACUAUGUGAUUUGGGGGCAAGUAUAAAUUUGAUGUCAUUGUCUGUCUGUAGGGCAUUGGGGAUAGAUAAGUUGAAGGAUACCAAUGUUAUUCUGCAUCUAGCAGAUAGAUCUAUCAAAAGACCAGAAGGAUUAGUAGAAUAUAUGUUAGUUAAGGUGGACAAGUUUAUUUUUCCUGUGGAUUUUGUCAUACUUGAUAUGGAGGAAGAUGAUACUGAAACCAUCAAACAUCCUGUUGAUGUGGAGGAUUGUUUCAGUAUUGAUGUCAUACAGGAGAUGGUGGAAGAAGUGAAUAGAGAAGAAGACUUUUCAUUGGAGGAAGACAGAUUUCUUGAGGAGACAAGUACAGAAAAUUAUCAAGAGGAACCGGUAGUGGAAGAGCUUGAUAAAAAGAUAGAUGACAUUCCUGUGGGAGCACCUAAGGUAGAGCUUAAAGAACUACCUUCAAAUCUGAAGUAUGUGUUCCUUGGGGAUGAUCAAACAUAUCCAGCAAUCAUCAAUGCAAUGUUAUCUGAGAGUGAAGAAAUAAAGUUGAUUCAGGUACUCAAGAAGAAUAAAACAGCUAUGGGAUGGCAAUUUUCAGAUCUUAAGGGUAUCAAUCCUUCUUUCUGCACCCACAAAAUCUUGAUGGAAGAGGAAGUCAAACCAGUAAGGCAACCACAUAUGAGACUCAACCCCACUAUGAAAGAGAUAGUGAGGAAGGAGGUUGUGAAGCUACUUGAUGCUGAGAUGAUUUAUCCUAUCUCAGACAGUGCUUGGGUGAGUCCUGUUCAAACAGUACCCAAGAAAGGGGGAAUGACUGUGGUGAAGAAUGAGCAGAAUGAAUUGAUUCCCACAAGGACAAUCACUGGCUGGAGGAUGUGCAUUGACUAUCGGAGAUUGAACAAGGCAACAAGGAAGGACCAUUUUCCCCUUCCGUUCUUGGAUCAGAUGUUGGAGAGGUUGGCAGGACAUGCCUUCUAUUGUUUCUUGGACGGCUAUUCAGGUUACAAUCAGAUAGCCGUGGCUCCGAAGGAUCAGGAGAAGACCACAUUUACAUGCCCAUAUGGAAUUUUCGCAUACCGGAGGAUGCCCUUCGGCUUAUGCAAUGCUCCUGCCACUUUUCAAAGGUGCAUGCUAUCCAUUUUUUCUGAUAUGGUAGAGAAAUAUAUAGAAAUCUUCAUGGAUGAUUUUUCUGUAUUUGGUUCUGAUUUUGAUGCAUGUCUGGAAAAUUUGGAUUCUGUUUUAAAAAGAUUAGAUAAGGCAAAAAUCUCUGUGAUAGAGAAACUUCCUCCACCUGUCAAUGUCAAAGGUGUGAGGAGUUUUCUUGGUCAUGCAGGGUUUUAUAGGCGGUUCAUUAAAGAUUUUUCAAAAAUUGCCAAGCCUUUAUGCAAGUUGUUGGUCAAAGACCAAGAGUUUAUGUUUGAUGAUGAAUGUCUACAUGCAUUUCAUAUUUUGAAAGAGAAGUUGAUCACUGCACCUAUCAUGAUGGCACCUGAUUUUUCAUUGCCAUUUGAAUUAAUGUGUGAUGCCAGUGAUUAUGCUGUAGGAGUGGUACUAGGCCAAAGAGUGAAUAAAUUAUUGCAUGUCAUUUACUAUGCCAGUAAAAUCCUAAAUAGUGCACAAAAGAAUUAUGCUACUACAGAAAAGGAAUUACUGGCUAUUGUGUAUGCAUUUGACAAAUUCAGGCCAUAUCUGCUAGGAUCAAAAGUUAUUGUUUAUACUGACCAUGCAGCUUUAAAGUAUUUGUUAAGUAAACAGGAUGCAAAGCCCAGGUUACUCCGCUGGAUGUUACUAUUACAAGAGUUUGAGGUGGAGAUCAAAGACAAGAAGGGAGUUGAGAACUUGGUGGCUGAUCACUUAUCCAGGAUUACAGAGAAAGAGCUUCAAGAAGGAUCAGAGGUAGUGAUCAGAGAAGAGUUCCCUGAUGAACAGAUACUGGCAAUAAGUGCUGUUACGGAAAUGGUGGGGGAUAAAGUUUUAACCAUCAGUACCCCACCAUGGUUUGCUGAUUUUGCCAACUACAAAGCUGCUGGGAUGAUGCCUAAGGAUUUCACAUGGCAACAGAGGAAGAAAUUUCUACAUGACGUGAAGAGAUACAUUUGGGAUGAGCCAUAUCUCUUUUACAGGUGUUCAGAUGGUGUGAUCAGAAGAUGUAUUCCAGAGGAGGAGCAGAAGGAUGCAUGUGACAAUUGCCAAAGGACUGGUAAUAUCUCCAGGAGACAUGAAAUGCCCUUGAACAAUAUACAGGAGGUGGAGAUAUUUGAUGUUUGGGGUAUGGAUUUUAUGGGACCUUUCCCUUCUUCCUACUCUAACAAGUACAUAUUGGUGGCAGUUGAUUAUGUUUCAAAAUGGGUUGAGGCCAUAGCCACACCAACCAAUGAUUCUAGGGUUGUGAUUGCUUUUCUGAGGAAGAACAUAUUUUCGCGAUUUGGAGUCCCGAGAGCUAUAAUUAGUGAUGGGGGAACUCAUUUUGAUAAUAGGAUGGUGGAAUAUGCCCUUGCAAAGUAUGGAGUGAGGCACAAGAUUAGUACUCCGUACCACCCACAGACUUGUGGUCAGGUUGAGAUUUCCAACAGAGAGUUGAAAAGAAUAUUGGAGAAGACUUUAAAGUCUAGAUGGUCUGGACCCUUUGUGGUGAAAGACAUGAAACCUUAUGGGGCCGUGGAAAUUAGUUCUUUGGAUUCAGACAGAAGUUUUACAGUAAAUGGUCAGAGGAUCAUGUCUACACCUCCCCCCAAGAAGUCUGGAACGAAGAGGUCCAGGGAACCUCGGGCUUCUGCACCUACACCUCCACCUCCUACCUAUGAUGCACAUUUUUGGAGGAGUGCUGAGCAUGAGGCUCGUUACACUGCCAAAACCUCUUCCAGACCAUUCGUGAGGGAGAGGAAGUUCAUCCUGGAGAAGGAUGAAUAUCCUGAGUUCCAGUCCCAGUUGCUAAAAAGGGACUGGGUUACUUUUGGUAAUAUCCUAGUGGACAACAGCCCUAAUAUAGCAAGGGAAUUCUUUGCUAAUGCAUAUAAUGGUGAUCAGGGUGGUAAGAGGACUUUCACCAGCUGGCUGAUCAGACAGCAGUUGAAGAUUGGAGGAGAAGGACCCUCUGGAUUGACACCUGGCAGGAAACCCAUAACUAAGGAGGAUUCUGAGCUUGAACAAAGGCUUAGAUCCGGGGAGCAGUGGCUGGUUAACAAUGACAUUCGAUUGGGUCAUUUACACUGCCGUCUCAAGUUCAUACAGACGAGUCAGCACUCAUUUCAGACUCAUAUGAUCAAGAUGCUGACCGAUCUCUGUGAGGCCCAGGGUUUAGAGACAGCUGAAUUCCAGCCUGCUAUUUAUCCACAUUUUGAGGAGGAGGACGCAUUUGAGGCAGAUGUCCGCACCUGCUAUGAUACUCUGGCCACUGCGGGUGUGACUGCUGAUACUGCUCCUCCUGCCCAGCCUACUGCAGCUGCUGCUUCUGCUCAGACUGCUGCUGAUGCCACUGCUGAUGAUGAUCAGAUUGCUGGUGAUACUUCUUCCAUGGAUGAGGACAGGGAUGCUGAUGCUGAGUACAACCCCUUACCUACUGAUGACCCAGGAUCUGAUCUGCUAUUUUCUGAUGAUGAGGAGUCGACUGAUUAG